AUGAGCAUGAGCAUGAGCAUGAGUGUGAGUAUGAGUAUGAGCAGCUCUAGCGCUGCAUUAAAUACAAUGAGUGGAAGCAUGUCCAUGAUAAGCUCGAGUACUCAGGGGUCUACGACGAUGUCAAUGUCUGAUAUGAGUAUGAGUUCCAGCAUGGUGAUGCCAACUUCCACUGUAGCAGCGGCAUCAUCUUCCAGCAUGAGCUCUAGCAUGGACAUGUCGGGGAUGUCAAUGGCCGCUUCUUCAACGUCUGGAUCCAUGGCAGCGGGUAUGCAAAUGGGUACAAGUACUUCGAGUUCGUCCAUGAGUACGAAUACAGCCUCUGCCAACGAUAUGGGUGGCAUGAAUAUGGGAAUGAACUCUUACUUGACUCCCAGGUACAUGAACUACCCAGUUCUUUUCCAUGGACUAUCUGCAAACACCAAAGGUAAGGCAUUUGGUAUAUUUUUAUUAAUCGUGGUUGCAGCAUUCGUUUAUAAAUUUACUUUGUUUGUUAGUUGGUGCCUAGAAGUCAAAUGGUUCAAAAAAUGGAAUAAAGGUCACAAGUCUACGAUGGGUCUCGCCGCUAAGGGUUUAGAUUUUUACAACGAUGAACCUAUACAGGUUACGCAUCUCCCAAAGCUUCCUGUUUUCGUCUUUGACAUAUUUAGGCCCUCUACAAUUGAGUUAGCACAUGACCUCAUAAGAACCGUGUUGACUUUUUUUGCAACCAUGUUGAUCUACAUGCUAAUGCUUGCUGCUAUGUCACUCGUGCUAACCUAUGUCUUUGCGGUGAUUACUGGUUUAGCUUUGGCUGAGGUUUUCUUCAACAGAUGUAAAAUCUGCAUGCUUAAGAGAUGGCAAAUACAAGCUGAGAUUGAAAAAGCAAAGACGGGUGAAAAUGAUUGUCAAUGUAACCCCGAAGAAGACGUCUCGUCGAAUGAGAAAACAGUUCUAAGUAGAAGGUUGUCUAACACAAACGAAGCCGUAGAUCCGGCAUGCUGCUGCGCCAGCAGAGCUAUGGAACAAGAAAAGCAGAUGGAAAAUGAAAUUAUGGAAAAUGCUAAACUUCAAGAACAGUCGGGCAACAUGGACUCUAACUUGAUGCCAGCUGAGAAGUUCCGCUGA